UUGGCCAUUUAUUUAGUUUCGCUUUUAGGUUCAGCCAAAUACAUUGGAGUGGAUGAAACUCGCGUUGGCAACAAAUUUGUCUGUGGCCUUCAAGAUUUCCAGCCAGCGGCUGACUGCUAUGAUCUCAUAUGGGUGCAGUGGGUUACUGGUUAUUUGACUGAUGAUGAUUUCUGUAAAUUUCUUCGUAGAUGUAAGGAGGGUUUGAGAGAAGGCGGUUGUAUUGUUUUGAAGGACAAUGUUGCGUCGUCGGAGGAUGUGUACGAUUUCGAUGAGCAGGAUAAUAGCUGGACGCGUCCCCGCAGUGCUCUGUUGCGGCUUUUCAACAAAGCAGGCCUCAGUGUUGUUGCCGAGAGGAAACAAACUCAUUUCCCCAAAGGGAUGCUUCGUGUUUAUAUGUUUGCAUUAAAGUGA